GCGGGGUUUGCCUGGCACAGGGAGAAGGAGGCUGGUGAGAGCUGCCUGGAGACACUGAGUUUUGGGAAUGGUGGGAGGAGGGCAUCCUGCUGUCAGUGCCCCUCUCCCUCACUAACCUUUGUGCUGCAGCUCCUCAGAGACUUUGGACCCACAACAACAGCGGUGGGACUCAAUGUUCCUGGGGGGAAUCCUGGCAGUGCAGGAGGUGCUGGACCUUGGGAGGGAGGGGGUGUCUGGGCUGGGGCAUGUUUUCCUGGGUCAAGGGAUGACCCAGUUAACUGCUCAUCCUUUCAGGGCCAAACCAGAGCAGGCUGCUUUCUGCUUAGUGAUGUCUUUCGGGAGCAAAGUGUGAGGCUGGAAGAGUUGCUCUCCUUUCCUGAAUAUGAAGUUCUAAGAGCUUAAAAAUUUAGUUUUUCUCCCCGCUCACCAUCUCUGGAGCUCACUGGUCUUGAUUACUCAAUGUAUUACAAAACGCUGCCACUCUGGGGUCAGUGCGGUCCCUCCUAGCGCCAAUCUGGAAUGUCCUCAAUAGGUCUGUGCAGCUCUGGGAAAUGAAACCUCUGUCUCCCACUUGCUUCAGACCAGAGGGAUGCUGUUCCUGUAGAAGCCCUGGCACUAAAUCUGGAUUAUUGGAGUGGAAAUGUUUCCUGUGAGCUCAUGCCCAGUUUUUCAGCUCCCUGGGAUGAGCUGGAACCAGGAGAAGAGAUUGUUAAAGCUGAGUGUGCAAGCUUAAAGCUGAAUGUAUGAACUUAAAGGUAAAACCUCACGAAGUGUGCAAGCGAGGAAACACUGUGCAGCUUAACACGUCCCCUUGUUCUCUUCUGUGUCAUGGGGGAGAAGUGGAACUGGAACCCCAGCACUGGUCUAGGCCAACCCCAGCUCAGCCAGUGUCAGCGAGUGGCCCGUGUGCUGCUCUUUCGGAAUGCCUCCCUGUUCAUGGGGUUUGCGUGCCCAGGGAAGCAGGGCUGUGGGGCUUCAGCUCUUUGAGAAUAACAGGGGGCUUCACCCUGUGCGGCGCACAGCAGAUGCAGCUGCAUGCCAGAGCACAAAGGAACAUGUUCUGGCAUAUCUAGGCCGCCCACUUGGCAGAGAAGUUGGCUUUGUUAUUGACUGUCUCGGUGCCUCGCCUGCUGCUUCACGGACAGGGCUCCUCGGGGCUGUGGGGAUAUGUCUCCUGCCCUGGAGAAGAUGCUCUGUUCCACAGCGGGGCUCGGGGAGGGACAGGAAGGGACGGAGAGCACCUCAGGGCGCAGGCUGGGUGCUGCACUCUAAUGGAGCUUCUGGAGCCCUGUCUCUCCUAUUCCCUUCCUUUUCUCAGUGUGGUGCAUACCGAGAGGCUGCACCCUACUCAAGGAGGCUUUAAAGUAGCGUUAUCACGCCUUGACCAUGAAUGGGUACCUGGACGAAUCCAACUUCAUGAUGGUGAAGGAGGGCUUCACCACCAGAGACCUCCUGGAGAACCUGCUGGUGGAGCUGUGUCCGGCGAGCGACCGGCAAGCCCUCUUCAUGGCAGACCUUGGGGACAUUGUGAAGAAACACCUGCGAUUCCUGAAGGCCCUGCCCCGUGUGAAGCCCUACUUCCCUGUGAAGUGCAACGGCAGCGAGGGGGUGCUGCGGCUGCUGGCGGAGCUGGGCGCAGGCUUCGCCUGUGCCAACAAGGCAGAGAUCACGCGGGUGCAAAGCAUUGGGGUCCCAGCUGACAAGAUCUUCUACAGCAGCCCCUGCAAGCAGGUUGCCCACCUCAAAUACGCGGCUAGCCACGGCGUGCAGCUGAUGGCCUUUGACAACGAGGUGGAGCUGAGCAAGGUGGCCAGGAGCCACCCUCAUGCCAGGAUGCUUCUGGGUGUCACUGCCGACUCCAGCCCUUCCGCCCAUCCAAACAUGGCAUUUGGGGCCACACUUAAGUCCUGCCGGCACCUGCUAGAGACAGCGAAGGAGCAGGCGGUGGAGGUUGUUGGCAUCAGCUUCCACCUGGGCAGCCCCGGUCUGGAGCCCCAGGCCUUCCAGCAGGCUGUGGCUGCGGCGCAGCUGGCCUUCGAGAUGGGCACGGAGCUGGGCUACCGCAUGCACCUUCUGGACGUUGGAGGAGGCUUCCCUGGCACCGAGGACGCCAGAGCCCGAUUUGAAGAGCUCGCUGCUGCGAUAAACUCUGCCUUGGACUUGUAUUUCCCAAAUGGCUGUGGGGUGGAGAUCAUUGCGAGACCCGGGCGAUUCUACGUCAGCUCUGCCUUCAGCUUUGCAGCCAGCAUCACUGCCAGGGAAGAGGCUCCUGCGGAGCAGCCUGGCUCCGAUGAGGAAGAGCCUGACACCAAGAAGAGCCUCAUGUAUCACCUCAGCGACGGCAUCUAUGGCACCUUCAGCUGCCUCCUGUUUGACAGCCCCUGCCCUCGACCUCAGCUGCACAAGCGGCGCUGCCCAGACCCGCCCUGGCACAGCAGCAGCCUCUGCGGCCCCGCGGGAUGUGAUGAGGACCGCAUCGCUGACGGGCUGAAGCUGCCUGAACUGCACGUUGGGGAUUGGCUGAUCUUCGAGGACAUGGGUGCCUACACCAUCGCAGCUCCGACCCCGCUCAGGGAGGGUCCCCAGCCACACAUCACCUACGCCAUGUCCCAUCUCGCCUGGAAAGCCGUCCAGCUCUGCCAGGGAAAGCUGCCACAGACAGAAGACGACCGUGAGCGUGUCUGCGCCCCGCUGUCCUGCGGCUGGGAGAUGGCCGAGACGCUCUGCGUUGCCCCAGUCUUCACUCCGGCCGGCAUCAUCUGAGCAGCACCGGUGUGGGGGGUGAGGUUCCAUGGCAUCGCCCACCACCGGCAUCACCCGCUCCACUCCCAGGAACACCAGCAGAUGGGCUUCGAGGCGCUGCCACAAUCUCUGUUCCUCCUGCUCCCACGGUGCCAUGGGCCUGGUGAGGGUGGUUGGUGCCGAGAGGGCUGGGAUACAUUUGGUAGGAGUUAUGGUAAUAAAUGGCUGUCGAUGGCAGCUCGGGGCCUGUGGGAGGCAGCCCCUUGCUCUUCCUCCCCACCCACGCCGGGAGCGGCGGAGAAUCCUGCUGCAAUCGUGUGUGAUGAGCUCUGCUCGUUAGGGAGCCGGCGCCGAUCACCCAGAGCUCCGGAUCCAUCCAGGUGUCCACAGGGACCCGUGGAUUUUGAGUGGAGGAAGGACACAGGGUGGGUUCUGGGCUGUGGGUGUUACUGGGGGGCAGAUCCAGUCCUGGGGACAUCCCCCAACUCCCCAAGCUCUCAUCAACACUAACAAAGAGCCCUGCUCUGGGGGAACUGGGGAAACUGGGAGGACCCUGGGGCAUUGGCGUGGGGUGUGCUGGGAGCAGUGGAACACUGAGGGGAUACCAGGGGCCACUGGGGGGGUCACUGGGAGCACUGGGAAAACACUGGGAAGACCCUGAGGAGGCAAUGGGAGCACUGGGAAGACACUGGGAGGACACCAGGGAAAAUGGAAAGAUAUUGAAAGCCCUGGAAAGACACUGGGGCACUGGGAAGUCACUGUAAGUUCUGGGAGGACACUGGGGUGCUGCUGGGAAGACACUGGGAGCACUGGCUGGAUACUGGGAGCACUGGUUGGACACUGGGGCACUGG